UACAAAAAUAGCCUCAAACAAUAACACCGACUCAUAGUCGCCGGAGUCGGAGGAGGCCAACGUGGGGCUCGGUCCCGCUGUAGCUCUCCCUCUUCCUCCGCCUCUGAGCCCUUUAAAACACAAGAAAUAGAUAGAGAGAAAUCUCUGUCUCUCCUAUCAGUGUUCGACCAAUGGAGCGAGCUCGGAGACUAGCUUGCCGGGCGAUCCUCCGCCGUCUGAUUUCCCAAUCCAAGCCAUCCCAGCCACCGGCAGCGAACGCCCCUCGCCACCUCUCCUCCCUCGCGCCGUCCAUCUUCCCGGCGAAACCCGCCGCCCGACUCCCCGCAGCCGCCGACUACUCCUCGUUCCGCAAUGCGGGCCGGCAGUCCCGGUGGAUCUCGGUGGAGUCGCUCCGCCCCAGCGACACCUUUGCCCGGCGCCACAACUCGGCCUCGCCGGACGACCAGGUCCGCAUGGCAGAGGUCUGCGGCUUCCCCUCCCUCGACGCUCUCAUCGACGCCACCGUCCCCAAGUCCAUCCGCAUCCCCCCCAUGACCCUCCCCAAGUUCGACGCCGGCCUCACCGAGUCCCAGAUGCUCGGCCACAUGAAUCGCCUCGCCUCCAUGAACAAGGCCUUCAAGUCCUUCAUCGGCAUGGGCUACUACAACACCUUCGUCCCCGCCGUCAUCCUUCGCAACAUCAUGGAGAACCCUGGCUGGUACACCCAGUACACGCCCUACCAGGCCGAGAUCGCCCAGGGCCGCCUCGAGUCCCUCCUAAACUUCCAGACCAUGAUCGCCGACCUCACCGCCCUCCCCAUGUCCAACGCCUCCCUCCUCGACGAGGGCACCGCCGCCGCCGAGGCCAUGGCCAUGUGCAGCAACAUCCAGCGCGGCAAAAAGAAGACCUUCUUGAUCGCAUCCAACUGCCACCCCCAGACCAUCGACGUCUGCAAGACCCGGGCCGGCGGGUUCGACAUCAAGGUCGUCGUCGCCGACCUCAAGGAAUUCGAUUACCGCUCCAACGAUGUCUGCGGUGUCCUGAUUCAGUAUCCCGGUACGGAAGGCGAGAUCUUGGAUUACGGGGAGUUCAUUAAGAACGCGCAUGCGAGCGGGGUGAAGGUCGUGAUGGCGACGGAUUUGCUGGCGCUGACGGUGUUGAAGCCGCCGGGCGAGCUCGGGGCCGACAUCGUUGUUGGGUCGGCGCAGAGGUUCGGGGUACCGAUGGGCUACGGAGGCCCUCACGCGGCGUUCCUGGCCACGUCGCAGGACUACAAGAGGAUGAUGCCCGGGCGGAUCAUCGGAAUCAGCGUGGACUCCAGCGGGAAGCAGGCACUUCGGAUGGCGAUGCAGACCAGGGAGCAGCACAUCCGGAGGGACAAGGCCACCAGCAACAUCUGCACUGCGCAGGCAUUGCUUGCAAAUAUGGCUGCAAUGUACGCGGUGUACCAUGGGCCUGAAGGCCUGAAGGCCAUAGCCGAUCGGGUUCAUGGUCUUGCUUGUACUUUUGCGCAUGGGCUGAAGAAAAUUGGAACCGUGAAAGUCCAAGAGCUUCCCUUCUUUGACACUGUGAAGGUUACGUUCUCUGAUGCAAAGGCAAUUGUAGAAGAGGCUUACAAGAAUGAAAUGAACCUGCGGCUUGUGGACUCAAACACGAUAACUGUGUCUUUUGAUGAGACCACAAUACUAGAGGAUGUGGACAAGUUGUUUAAAGUGUUUGCUUGCGGCAAGCCUGUAAACUUCACUGCUGCAUCUCUUGCACGCGAGGUUCAACCUGCAAUUCCAGGAGGAUUCGUUAGAGAGAGCCCAUAUUUGACGCACCCUAUUUUCAAUUCGUACCACACAGAGCAUGAGCUGCUCCGGUACAUCCAUAAGUUGCAAGCAAAAGAUCUUUCAUUAUGCCACAGCAUGAUUCCUCUUGGGUCUUGCACCAUGAAACUGAAUGCUACAGUAGAGAUGAUGCCUGUGACUUGGCCCAAUUUUGCAGAUAUUCACCCAUUUGCCCCUGUUGAGCAGGCUCAAGGUUAUCAGGAAAUGUUUAAAGAUUUGGGUGAACUCUUGUGCACAAUCACGGGAUUUGAUUCCUUCUCUUUGCAACCAAAUGCUGGUGCCGCUGGAGAAUAUGCAGGGCUCAUGGUUAUUCGUGCUUACCACAUGGCAAGAGGAGAGAGCCAGCGGAAUGUCUGCAUCAUACCAGUCUCAGCUCAUGGGACAAAUCCUGCGAGUGCAGCUAUGUGUGGAAUGAAAAUAGUAGCUGUUGGAACUGACUCUAAGGGUAAUAUUAACAUUGAUGAACUAAGAAAAGCUGCUGAAGCACAUAAAGACAAAUUGUCUGCUCUAAUGGUUACCUAUCCAUCAACUCAUGGAGUCUAUGAAGAAGGCAUUGAUGAGAUUUGCAAAAUUAUUCAUGACAAUGGUGGGCAAGUCUACAUGGAUGGAGCUAACAUGAAUGCACAGGUUGGUUUGACAAGCCCUGGCUGGAUUGGAGCUGAUGUUUGCCAUCUCAACCUCCACAAAACUUUUUGCAUCCCACAUGGUGGAGGUGGUCCCGGAAUGGGUCCUAUUGGUGUGAAGAAACACUUGGCACCAUUUUUACCAUCGCAUCCUUUGGUGCCAACUGGUGGGAUACCACCACCUGAAAAGGCUCAACCACUUGGUACUAUUUCUGCAGCACCAUGGGGAUCUGCACUUAUUUUGCCCAUUUCAUAUACAUACAUAGCUAUGAUGGGUUCUAAGGGCCUAACUGAUGCAUCAAAGAUUGCCAUCUUGAAUGCAAACUACAUGGCUAAGCGUCUAGAGAAUCAUUACCCCAUUCUCUUCUGUGGAGUAAAUGGAACCGUUGCCCAUGAGUUCAUUGUCGACUUAAGGGGUUUUAAGGCGACUGCUGGUAUAGAGUCUGAAGACGUUGCCAAGCGUCUUAUAGAUUAUGGAUUCCAUGCGCCCACAAUGUCUUGGCCAGUUCCAGGCACGCUUAUGAUUGAGCCCACUGAAAGUGAAAGCAAAGCAGAACUAGACAGGUUUUGUGAUGCUCUCAUUUCUAUUAGGGAAGAAAUUGCUGAGAUUGAGGGUGGUAAAGCUGAUGUUAACAACAAUGUCCUGAAGGGUGCUCCUCAUCCACCAUCCCUGCUUAUGGGCGACGCAUGGACAAAACCCUACUCCAGGGAAUAUGCAGCAUUCCCUGCUUCAUGGCUCCGAGGUUCCAAGUUCUGGCCAACUACAGGGCGUGUGGAUAAUGUGUAUGGCGACCGCAACCUCAUCUGCACUCUCCUUCCCGUGUCCCAAAUGGCUGAAGAACCUGCAGCUGCUACUGCAUAGCCCUGUCAAAAUGCAGCAAAAUUCUGUUACAAACAUUUCAAAACAGGAAGCCUCUCCUCAUCAUCCUCUAAACUGUAUAUGUAAACUCUUGGAGUGUCUGCUCCCGCUCUCCUGCUGCAGCUGCCGACAUUCCCUUCUCCUCAUCAUGUGCUGCUUCAUGCAGCUUAUACAAUAUCUUCAAACAUUCUGUUACUUCUCUAAAUUUUUCUAUGAAACAGCUGUACAAAAUAAAUUUACACCUCAUCCCCGUUCUUGAGAAUCUGAUACAAAAAAUCAGCAUAUAUAGAUGGUCAA